GCCGGUGCCGCCGGUUGCCAUGGCGGCGCGCGCGGCUGCGGGCGGGAUGGCGGCGGCGGCAGAGGAGCGCGGCGGGCGGCGGCGGGCGGCCAGGCUGUGGGCUGCGGUGGAGCAGGAGCGGCGGCUGGAUGAGGCCGUGCGGAGGGACGAAGAGAAGAAGCAGCAGAGGGAGCAGCAGCUGGAGCAGGAGGAACGGCUGGCGGCUGAGCUGGCCAGGCUCAAGCAUGAGAAGCUGAAGGAUGAAAAGAUAAGGCAGCAAGUGCGGGAGAACAGUCUUGAACUUCGAGAGUUAGAAAAAAAACUGAAAUCUGCUUACAUGAAUAAGGAGCGAGCUGCACAGAUUGCUGAAAAAGAAGCUAUACAGUAUGAGAAAAUGAAAAGUGAUGCUGAAAUAGCCCAAAAGAUGAAGGAAGAGUAUGAAAGGGUAGCAAAAGAAGAAAGUUCUGCAGAACUAAGGCGAAACAAGGAGAAAAUAAUGUAUCAGCAAGAACUGGAGAAACAGCUUGAGGAACAAGACAGGAAGAGGCAGGAUGCUUAUGAAGAGUUUCUAAAAGAGAAACUCAUGAUUGAUGAAAUCAUAAGGAAGAUCUAUGAGGAAGACCAAAUGGAAAAACAACGAAAGUUAGAAAAAAUGAGAGCAACUCAGAUGCAUAUUGACAAAUUUAAAAAAGAACAAGCUAUCUGGAGGCAGAGGAAACAGGAAGAGAUGGAAGAAGAAAAUAAGAGAAUCAUGGAGUUUGCCAGCCGUCAGCAACAAAGAGAAGAAGAGUGGAUGGCUAAAGUUCGAGACAUGGCGGAGAAAAAGCAUAGACUUCAAGCCGUGAUUGCCCAGAAUCUACAAAGAGAACAACAGAAGCGUGAAGAACUGGAACAAAUACGACAAGAGCUGUAUCUGGAAGAACAAGCAGAGACAGAGAGGAAGAAGGAGACGGCAGAAAUUGAAAAGAAAAUAAGGCAACGUCUAGACUUAAAACAAACAUAUGAAGAGCAAUUUGCUUUAAAGAAGAUAGCGCAACAAGCUAUGCAAGAAGAGGAAGAAGCCUUCAGACAACAGAUGUUGGCCAAGUUUGCAGAGGAUGAUCGCAUUGAACAGAUGAAUGCUCAGAAACGAAGAAUGAAACAGCUUGAACACAAAAAGGCUGUGGAAAAACUUAUUGAAGACCGUCGCAGGCAAUUUAUUGCAGAUAAAGAACGUGAACUCGAAGAAAGGCAGUUAGAGGAGAAAAGACGAGAAAACAUUCGUCUAAUUGUUGAAGAAGAGAGACAGAAACUCUUGAAAGAGCACGCAUCUAAAUUACUGGGUUAUCUUCCUAGAGGAAUACUCAAAGGUGAAGAUGACAUUAAGCUGCUUGGUGAGGAAUUUAGGUUGGCUUUCCAAAAGAGAAGAGAGAAUGCAUUUUCUGAAGAGGGAUGAAAUUUCCACCGUCUCCUCUCCUGGUUUGCCAGUAGAUGUCA